AAGAAUGCAGAGCUACAUCCACAUUAGUCAACCACCUCUCUCACACGUUUAUUCCACGACAAUUACUCAGUGACUCCAUUACGUCACACCACAGUCCCUCUCAGACGCUGUAGGAAGGUUUCAGGACUCAUUAUGCUAGAGUCUCAGACUUCCUGUGUGACUGAGGAGCUGACAUGUUGGACAAAUUCAAAGAGAGCUUCCUGCUGCAGGUCCUGACUCUGGUCCUGCUCGGCCCGGCCUGCGAAGCCUCUUCUCUGGGCCUGACGGUCCAUGUUGAGCCACUGGAAAGCGAUGGAGGGAAUACGGUGCGGGCUCAUUUCACCGCCAUCGUUCCCAAUCCCUGCCCAGCGCUGUCUGGACUGUGCUCUGACGGGGAGGAGGACUGUCUGGUCUACCCCACCUCGCUACCUUUCACUGGCACUAAACCAAACUCUGGCUGGUGCGUCCGCCAGUGGCAGAAGACCGUCCUCAGUGAUUACAACGCCACCAUAGAUUUAGGAUCCAACACACAAUUUUAUGUUUCGAUAAAAGCAAGCCCAGUAAUCAGAGCAAACAACGGAAAACUCAACCAACCGGCUUUUGUCGCUCUCCCUCCUCCGCUAAGGGCCCGUGUGAACUGCCCCCAACACUUCUCUCUGUCGGUGAAAGACCUGGACACGGACAGGGUGAGCUGUCGCUUUGCCCGCGCCGACUUGGGAGAGUGUGUCAGCUGCACUGAGCAUUCCUUCAUAGAGCUGGAUAAAAGGAAAUGCAAGUUGAAGUUCACUGGAAAAGCAGCAGCAGGCCAGUAUUUCAUCUACCUGAUGGCAGAGGACCGGAUCGCUAUCCCUAAAAUAAGCGAAGUCAUAGAGAACAAACCCCUCAGCGCGGUCCCUGUGCACCUCUCACUCACUGUGGAGGAGUGGGCUUCCAGCUGCAGUGAUGUACCCGUGGCAACAGGAGACACCCCAAAUAAAGACUCCAUACUGUUUGUCCUGCCGUACCAGCAAGUUAAUUUCACCACAGAUUUCACCUCGAAGCUUGAGAGUGUUUCAGAGAUAGCUGUUGUUGGCCCCCCUGAACUCUUCAGGGUAGGUUUCAAAUCGGUCGGCUCUGUGGCAACCAUGAACAUGGCCUGGGUCCGCUCCGAAAACAAACUGGCCCGACUCUUGCCCAUUUGCUUUGCUGUGAAUACCAAGAGUUUUCAGUCAGAGCCCAGAUGCGUGUGGCUGUACCAAAGAGAGAUGAGGACACUACCUGCUGGAACAGAGUUGACGUGUGAAGAUACAGAGAUGACUUUGGUUCUCCCUCUCGACUCCCUGAGUGAAAUCAACCUAGAAGAACUGCAGCUCAACAGCCCCACCUGUCCCGUCAGCUACAACAGCACACACCUGACCGCACGCAUCUCUCUGUCUGGCUGUGGCACCGAGACUUUGCAUGCUGGUUCAGAGCUGGUUUACACAAACACCUUGCAAAGUGUGCGUCCUUACACUAUGGUCAGCCGUAUACCCUCCCUCAUCCUCCCGCUGGCCUGCCGGAUUCCUAAAAAAGUGAAUGUUACGGGGCCAAACUACGAUAUGGGCACACCAACAGAUGAGGAGGUUUUCGGUCAGAUCAGGGUUUGGAUAGAACUGCAUCUUCCAGGAGAGGGACCCCUGUCAAAAUUCACAAGACUCCCGAGGUUUCGCAAUCUACGUAUGUCGCCGGGACGUCUGCGUCGAGAAGCAGAAUACCCAUCAGAGAGAAACAGCAACAGCACCUCCACCAGCUCCAUUGAUAACAGCACCUCCAAUGAUGACGGCUCAUCCACCAGCACUUCUACCAGAAACAUGGGUUCCAGGAUCUCCAUACUGGACCUCCAUGUGCUGUCCAAUUGCAGCAUUAGUCGAGCCGAGAUGUUAGUGAGCAGUUGUUCUGAGUCUGAGACAGAGGACUUUGCAACAUCAAACCCCAUUCUGGAGCAAGGGUGUAAAUCUUCCAGCAGCACAUUAGAGAUUGUUACAUCUCAAACCAAUUCCAGGGUUUACCGCCUUGAUUUGAGCACACUGGAAGCCCAAGGAACAUUGAUGUACAUCCAGUGCACAGUCAAUCUGUGCAUUGCCACCAUGCCCUCUGAGGAAUGUCCUGAUCUGUGUUCUCGCUCCUUUAAUAGCAGAUCGGUAGUUAGAAGUUUGUUUACCAAAAGCUACACCGUUAAAUCAUCCCCCAUUAGCCUUGUGGUCACGACUAUUGCACCAACCACAACAAAUGUCAAGGGUCCUACCAACACUAAAAAGACCACUACUACGACCACUACUGCAACUGUAACAACAACCACAUGCUCACAUGCUCCAGAACAGGCCUCAGCUUUGGCAGCAGGAAUCAUUUUAACAACUAUGAGCAUAUUCCUUCAAAAUAUCUUCCUUUACUGAACAUGCUGCUAGGUGAUAAUCUGUCAUAAAAUGAAGUAUAUAGAACAACACGUGUUGCCUAUACUGUACACCAGACUAUGUUAUCCUAAUCCUAAUUUUCUGAGUUUUUAUUGGCCACUGUUGCUCACUAAUCACAAACAUUUUAGAAAAACAUUUACUAAAAUUCUAAUAAAAUCAGACACUUGGACCUGAGAUUAUGAUCCAAAAUUGUGCAUUUUGUCAUAGUCCUAACAAAUGUUUGAGACUCCAAAUGUGUGCUUACUGUUGUGUGAUGUGCACCCCUAUUUAACUUUAAAAAGAAAAAUAUCUUUUUAUGUAUAAUUAAUUGUUGGUUCUGUAUUAAACUGAGAUUCAUAUUUUAUGUUUUUCUUUUGUGGCAAAGCUGUCCAGUCUUGUGGUCAGUUAGACAUCCAGGAAUGUUGCAGCACACAGUAAAAGGAACUAGUUAGAACAAAACAAUAGUAUUUUUGGAGCACAUAGUAUGUAACCAUACUUUAUACUUUAUUAUAUUAGCUGCAAUAAGCAGCUAUCUCGCUCUGUGUUUUUGUUGGCUGACAAUAGCAUCCCCAUGGUACCAUAGGAGGCUGAAAUUUGGUAUGGAGAAAGGGUUACAGACAUUAAAUCUCAGUUUCAGUGUAAAACACUGGUUAUGAGACUGGUGCUGAAACUCUAUGACAAACUGUACUUAUUCAACAGAGAACUGUGCUUAUUCUGUAAGUGUUACAAUUAUGACAGGUUUCAGGAUUAAUAUAACUGUGAUGUUUAUUUUUAAAAUGAUAUGUUAAUGAUACACAUAUAACUAGAUUGUGUAAUUAAACCAGCGCCUCUUAAAUCUUUUCUGUUUUUGUUCCUGACAGUACCGUUUUUGAUCCCCCUACCACAACGGCCCACGCACAAAUGAGUGUUAUACAUUUGACAUAAAAGAACAAAAUGCACAAUAAAUGAAUAUACAGAUGAAUUUCACUGAUAGCAUUGUU